AUGAGAGCUUCAUCAGAGGGCAUUCACCGACGAUCUGAAGUAAACGCUAAUAAGAUACCUGGCUUAACCUGUAGUCGAAGGCAGCGAACCGCAGACAAACCGGCGGUCAUCAUGGACUGGACCGGACGUAUUAGCGCUGCCAUUCUCGGCAUUGUCCCGCAUUUGUUUUGUGUUUACGCCUACAUUAACACUUUCACUCCUGUCGCAAAUUCUGAACGCGGCGUUCCUAUAGAAAUAAAAUUUUGGGACUCCAAGAGAACACCUCUAGCACACAUGGUGGACGUUACGAAUGAGUUGGGUAUAAAAGUUCUCGCAGAACACAAUUACUUGAAUGAAAAUAAUAUAGCUUUUUCACCCUACGGUCUGAUGGGAAUAUUAGUAGCGUUGUAUGAGGGAGUGGAUGGGGAGUCUUCUUACCAAAUACAGCGCAGCAUGCAAUUACCUUGGAACAGAAACAUAAUGCGAAUAGGUUUCAGAGAUAUUCACCGAACAUUAAAGACAUAUUUUGUACCAGAAGAAGGCUUCUUAGCAGGAUUAGCUUUAAAUAAUGAAAACGUUACUUUUGCAACGAGUUACAAGGACAUACUUCGAUUUUAUGGUUUUGAUUUACAAAAUGACCCAUUGCCUGAGUCCGCAAACAAUGGAAAUAAUACAGAAAAUAAAAUUACUGAAGGUACAACAACAGUCACAUCAACAGCUGCGACAAGCGUGAGUACGCGAGAAGAAACGACAAUUACAGAAUCUACUCCAAGUUUGAGUACUACUCCUAACGGUAAUUCUGAAGCAACAAGCGAUUCCAAUACAGCAAACUUGGCCGUAACACAAUUAGAUUCAGAGACUGUUACAACUAUACAAGAUGUCACAACAGAACAGUCAAGAGCAACUGAAGUAGUAACAACAACAACAGUAGUGCCAACGGAGGCGGAAACAACAACCGUCACCACAGAAUCAGUAACAGCCAGUGCGCCAACGGAACCCAAUGUAGCUGAAAGUAGUCAGACAACCAUCACGGAUGCUACAGUACAAAUAAGUUCAACACAAAUUAUGGAGGCAGAAACAUCAUCAGAUCCAACGACUACAGACGGCACACCAACAACAAUCAAUGAAUCAACGUUAGAAACGCUUCAAAGGAAGAAGAAGUCGAUAGUAGACUUUGUGUAUACCAGCCCACCGUACAUAGAUGAUUAUUUGCUAUACAGGUCCUUUAAUAUAGGACCCGAAAUACUUGACAGCGAUACAAAUAGCGAUUCCAUGUUUUUGGUCAAUGGACUUCGGAAUAUACAGGUCUCGUAUAUGCAUUACGAUGCAGUGUUAGACCACGCCUUUUUACCCCACCUGGAGGCAUCAGCUCUUCGUCUACCGCUGGACAGUGACAAGUACUAUUUGCUUGUAGUACUGCCGCUGAAGUCAGGUACUGAUGAGCUCAAUCGGCUUCUUGCACGCAUGGCUCGAGAGUCUGACCUCUCCGACGUUUAUGGAGCCUUAAGAGCUCGACGAGUUAGAGCGGUGAUACCCAGCUUCACAGUUAAGGGUCAUGUCACUCUAACUACUGAUUUGCAAAAACUAGGAAUUCGAGAUGUGUUCGAGCCGCGCCAAAGGGAUUUCACACCCAUGACACAACAGAGUGGAGUUUAUGUACGGAGCAUCGAACAGGCUGUUUCUGUUGCCAUCAGGAAAUAUCAACCAGAUGAACUUAGGAAAUAUAUACCUAAGAGGAAUCCCGUAGUUUUUUCAGCGACGUACCCGUUUCUGUACUUCGUUGUGGAUUCCAGCAUACACGUCGCAUUGAUGGCCGGAAAGAUGGUAGAUCCCCUCAAUACAAGGAUAUUAUAA